AUGACCCUUGUGAAUCUCAAGCAGAACCAAUGGGAGUCAUUAACAGAUUUUGUGGCUAGAUUUAAUAUGGAGGCAUUGAGCAUUGAGAAUCUUGAUCCGAGUAUUGCCAUGGUGGCCUUUCAGAAUGCCUUGAGGGUUGGUCCUUUUACCCAAUCACUGGCUAAGAGGCCUCCCCAGACGUUUGCGGAGAUCCUAAGCCGAGCCACCAAGUACAUUAAUGCCAAGGAGGUAAUGCGGGCCAAGAGAAUUGAAUACUCGGAUAAGAAAGAGAAGAAAAGUCAGAAUAUGGAGCAGAAGCCGGAAGAUAAACCAGGUUGUCGGGGGGAAAGGUCAGGCCCCCGAUGGAGUCCAGUCAAGUUCACCCUGCUUAAUACUCCUCAGGUAAAGAUCCUGGCUACAAUUGAGAAUAAGAAUUACUUGAAAAAACCGAGACCUAUGAAGGCCCCGGCUAACAAAAGAAGUAAAGACAAGUAUUGUCGAUUCCAUCGAGAUCAUGGACAUGACACGGAGGAGUGCCAUCAGCUGAAAGAGGAGAUUCAGGAGCUCAUCAAUCGAGGUUUCCUAAGGAGAUUCGUGGCUAAGGAUACUGAGUCACAAAGGGAUGAACGUCGGAGAUCAAUGAGCCCUCCCCGUAGACAUGGUAGAUCCCAGGAAAGGCGCAGGACUAGAACUCCGCCUAGGAGAGAGAGUCGCCAGAAGGAGCGAAAUCUUCCACAACAUUUAAUUUUUCACACUUUAGCAGCUGGGAUGGUGCCAGGCAAGGAGUCGGGAGAAAGUUCUGAUCUGCAUCGACACAUUGGAGUCAAGAGGGCUCGGCCAGGGGACGUUAUCUCUUUUACAGAUAACGACUUGCCCGGGUAUCCGAUUUCUAAUGAUCUGCUGGUCAUCACAGCGAAGUUAGGAAAAUGGGAGCUUCGACGGAUCCUCGUGGACCCGGGGAGCUCCUCCGAGGUUUUAUAUCGACAGGCCUUCUUGGGCAUGGGAUACCAGAUGGAAUAG